AUGACCGGGUGGGCCCUGCGGCCGUGGCCUCGGUCAGCUCCGCGGUGGCCGGCACUCUGGACCCCCGCAGUGGCCCUUCGCCCCUUUGCCCGCGGAGCCCUCCCGGACCUGCGCAGCCUCUCUCGCUUCCAUCCCCCCGCCCGUCGCAGGUCACCUGUCCAGGCGCGGCGGGUGGAGCCGGACCGCAUCGCCCCUCUCCUCCCGAGCGGAGCUCCCUGCGCGGGUCCCGGUGGGGGGGUGGCGAGCGAGCACCUCGGGGCUCUGAAAUGGGGAGCCAGCCCUUCCUCGGCCAGAGGGCGGGGUGUCAGGGCGCCCGUGCGGCUCCGCCUCGGGUUCCCAGGCGACUCGCGCCCCCCGAGCCUCCGUCUUUCAGGACGGGCCAGGGCGGCGGCGCUGAGCGAGGAAGGAAGGUCAGCCCGAGCCCCGCUCUGGCUCCCGCAACCGGAAUCCCCGCCUUGCCCUGUGCGGGGAAACGGGGGCCGGGGACCCGGAGAGACAGACGGGGAGACAGACUCCGGGCCGCACACGUCCAAGUCGAGAGCGCGUGUCCGGCGGCGCCGGACGCUUCCUCCGCCGCCCGCCCCCACCGUCGGAGCGGGGCCUGCCGCCCGCAACCUGCCUGUCCCGAGUCCGGGCUCGCGGGCGCGAGCAGCCGGGGCUGCGCAGGGUCUCGGGAUGGUGCGGGCGCUCGAGAGAAGGCCCGCGGCCCCAGGGACCGCCCCGGCCGCACCCCAGAGCCUCGCGGCCGUCGGCCGGUCCUGCCUGGCGGACGCCUGUUUCAGGACCCCAACCUGCCUGGUCUCACGUCAGCUCCGCGCAGCCGCCGUGCAGGUCAAGGCAGCUCGGGUAUGGGGUCAGAUCCGGGUCCCCCCCCCAUCCCCACUGCAGCCUUUCUGGGAGGACAGGUUCCCCCAGCCCCUACUUGUCCUGGUGCGGGGAGGGUCUGUCCCCGCCUUGUCCCUGGGGGGAAUCUGA